GGGUGGGGGCUGGCGGAACGCAGCGUGGUCCUGAGUUACGGAUUUGUUACCAGGUCCCCACCGCCCCCUAAAGGAGGAAGCCAGCUGCCUCCGACACCUCUGCAGAGAGGGGAGCGCGGGCGGUCUCGCUGGACGCCCUCGAGGUGCCACCUUUGCGUCCAAGCAGCGUGAGGGCCGAGGGCGCGCGCGGAAGGCACUUCGGGGACCGAGCGGUGGUCCCCGGUCCAGCCCCCCCAGCUCCCCGUGAGCUCCGCCCGCCGCAGGCGCAGCCCUCCGGCAGGGGGCGCCGGCGCGGGCCUCUCUGCCCAUCGGGGCGGGCGAGCCCGGGACCCUGCCUCCCGCGCUCCCGCGGUCCGCCCCUCACGCUCGUCCCGGCGGCUGGCGAGCCCGCGCCUGGCCGGAGCUGAGCGGCGCACCGGGCCGCCAGAGGAGGAGGGCCACGAGUUCCUCGAAAGGACCAACUUGCGGAGUGACCCGGAGAAAGGGCAGCGGAACCGCGGCGGAAAGGGGUGGUGGCGUCCGGCCCCGCCGGCCCCGCGCCCCGGGCCAUGGUGGCGCUGCAGCGGCUGUGCGCCCCGGCCGUCUGGGCGGCCGCAGCGCUCCUGAUCUGCGCGCUCCGGACCUCAGGGGAGGCGGAGGUUCCUGAUCCGAAUGACCCUUUGGGACAACUGGAUGGACUUGACAGCCCUGUUCCAACCCUGAAAGGUUACUUUCUGAAUUUUCUGGAGCCAGUAAACAAUAUCACCAUAGUCCAAGGCCAAACAGCAAUUCUGCACUGCAAGGUGGCCGGAAACCCGCCGCCCAGCGUACGGUGGCUGAAGAACGAUGCCCCCGUGGUGCAGGAGCCGCGCCGGGUCAUUAUCCGCAAGACAGAGUAUGGCUCUCGGCUGCGCAUCCAGGACCUGGACACGACGGACACUGGCUACUACCAGUGCGUGGCCACCAACGGGGUGAAGACCAUCACCGCCACCGGAGUCCUGUUUGUGCGGCUUGGGCCAACACACAGCCCAAAUCAUAACUUUCAAGAUGACUACCACGAGGACGGGUUCUGCCAGCCGUACCGGGGCAUCGCCUGUGCGCGCUUCAUUGGGAAUCGGACCAUUUAUGUGGACUCGCUGCAGAUGCAGGGGGAGAUUGAGAACCGCAUCACAGCGGCCUUCACCAUGAUCGGCACGUCCACGCACCUGUCGGACCAGUGCUCACAGUUCGCCAUCCCGUCCUUCUGCCACUUCGUGUUCCCGCUGUGCGAUGCGCGCUCCCGCGCGCCGAAGCCUCGCGAACUGUGCCGCGACGAGUGCGAGGUGCUGGAGAGCGACCUGUGCCGCCAGGAGUACACCAUUGCGCGCUCCAACCCACUCAUCCUCAUGCGCCUGCAGCUGCCCAAGUGCGAGGCGCUGCCCAUGCCCGAGAGCCCGGACGCGGCCAACUGCAUGCGCGUCGGCAUCCCGGCGGAGAGGCUGGGCCGCUACCAUCAGUGCUACAAUGGCUCCGGCACGGAGUACAGAGGGACGGUGAGCACCACCAUGUCGGGGCACCAGUGCCAGCCGUGGGCACUGCAGCACCCCCACAGCCACCAGCUGAGCAGCGCAGACUUCCCCGAGCUUGGAGGGGGGCACGCCUACUGCAGGAACCCUGGCGGGCAGAUGGAAGGGCCCUGGUGCUUCACACAGAAUAAAAACGUACGCAUGGAACUGUGUGACGUGCCCUCCUGUAGUCCCCAGGACAGCAGCAGGAUGGGGAUUCUGUAUAUCCUGGUCCCGAGCAUUGCGAUUCCCCUCGUCAUCGCGUGCCUUUUCUUCCUGGUCUGCAUGUGCCGGAAUAAGCAGAAGGCUUCUGCCUCCACGCCACAGCGCCGGCAGCUGAUGGCCUCGCCCAGCCAGGACGUGGAGAUGCCGCUCAUCAGCCAGCAUAAGCAGGCCAAACUCAAGGAGAUCAGCCUGUCCACAGUGAGGUUCAUGGAGGAGCUUGGGGAGGACCGGUUCGGGAAAGUCUACAAAGGCCAUCUGUUUGGGCCGGCGCCCAGUGAGCAGACUCAGGCCGUGGCCAUCAAAACGCUGAAGGACAAGGCGGAAGGGUCGCUCCGUGAGGAGUUCCGGCAUGAGGCCAUCCUGCGGGCUCGGCUGCAGCACCCGAACAUAGUGUGUCUGCUGGGCAUGGUCACCAAGGACCAGCCCCUCAGCAUGAUCUUCAGCUACUGCUCACACGGCGACCUGCACGAGUUCUUGGUAAUGCGCUCACCCCACUCGGAUGUGGGCAGCACAGACGACGACCGCACUGUGAAGUCUGCCCUGGAGCCCCCCGACUUUGUGCAUGUGGUGGCACAAAUAGCUUCGGGCAUGGAGUACCUGUCCAGCCACCACGUGGUCCACAAGGACCUGGCCACCCGCAACGUGCUCGUGUAUGACAAGCUGACUGUGAAGAUCUCAGACCUGGGGCUGUUCCGGGAGGUGUACUCGGCCGACUACUACAAACUGAUGGGGAGUACACUGCUGCCCAUCCGCUGGAUGUCCCCCGAGGCCAUCAUGUACGGCAAGUUCUCUGUGGACUCGGACAUCUGGUCCUAUGGCGUGGUCCUGUGGGAGGUCUUCAGCUAUGGCCUGCAGCCCUACUGCGGGCACUCCAACCAGGAUGUGGUGGAGCUGGUGCGCAGCCGGCAGGUGCUGCCCUGCCCCGACGACUGCCCUGCCUGGGUGUAUGCCCUGAUGAUUGAGUGCUGGAACGAGUUCCCCAGCCGGCGGCCCCGCUUCAAGGACAUCCACAGCCGGCUCCGGGCCUGGGGCAACCUGUCCACAUACAACAGCUCUGCGCAGACCUCGGGGGCCAGCAACGCCACUCAGACCAGCUCCCUGAGCACCAGCCCAGUCAGCAACGUCAGCAACGCCCGCUACGGGGGCCCCAAGCAGAAGGCCCAGGCCUUUCCGCAGCCACAGUUCUUGCCCAUAAAGGGCCAGAUCAGACCCCUGGUGCCUCCUCCCCAGCUCUACAUACCUGUCAACGGCUACCAGCCAGUGCCGGCCUACGGGGCCUACCUGCCCAACUUCUACCCAGUCCAGAUCCCGGUGCAGAUGGCCCCGCAGCAGGUGCCGGCCCAGAUGGUGCCCAAGCCCGGCUCCCACCACAGCGGCAGUGGCUCCACCAGCACCGGAUAUGUCACCACUGCGCCCUCCAACACGUCUGUGGCGGACAGGGCGGCCCUGCUCUCAGAAGACAUUGAAGACGCGCAGAACACCCCAGAAGACACAGCCCAGAGCCCCGGGCAGGAAGCCGAGGAGGAGGAUGGUUCCGUCCCGGAGACAGAGCUGCUGGGGGACAAUGAAACUCUGCAGGUGGACGAGGCCGAGGUCCAGCUGGAAGCCUGAGGGACAAGGGUGUGCGUGGGGUGCUUGGGGGAAAGAUUGAGCCCCAGGGGUGCCUGGCAGGUGGGGUUGGUGGCCCAGGAGGACACGUGGUGACUGGCGCCGCCUGCAUUUAUUUCCUUGGAGGUCGAUGGGUGCCAAGCAGGGCCUGUGCUUUGGCUGGGAAAGCAGAUGGCAUCUUCCCUCCAUCUGCACGUGGAUCAUAUAUGGAGAAACUUUGGGGAAAUAGGCCUCCCAAGGCGGGAAGGCGGGACCUUGGCUUUGACACUCCCAGCGGCUGCUGUUCCCUCUGCUGCCCCCUGCCAGCAAUAGUCUCCCUUCAACUACCAAAGGUCAGCGGGAACAGGACAUGGCUGCCUGCCACCUGCCAGGGUCCCAUCCAAAAGGGGCUUCUGAAAUGGGAGUUCUGUGCUAAAACAAAAUGUGCCUUAAAAGAAACUGAUGUAGUUUCGUAUUUUUGUGAAAUGAUUUCAGUUAUCCUGUAUGUGUAUUUUGCCCACUUUUCCAGAAUUCAAGGAAAAGUGUUUCUUGGCAUGGAAUGUCACAAAGGAAGCCAUGUUGUAUAAAGCACAGUAUUGUUACUUUGUUAGAAUCAUGUACAGACUGUAAGUGUAAUUUAUAUGGUUUCUGUGUGCCAUUUUCACUGAAGUAUUUUGAGCUUUAAAAAAUGACCUAGUAAUUUAACUUUUUGUGCCGCCCACUUUGGGGUGCCAUCUGAUUGUAUGUUGGUCUUCUUGUGUCUGAACCACAUGUCAGCGAGGUCCCUGCAUUUCACAGCCUAUGGGAGCAGGUCUGCAGGUGCUGCCAGCCUGCGGGGUGGGGCUCCCUUGUCGCUCCCAGGCCUUAGGGCUCACCUGUAGCUCCCAUACCUUAGGGCUUACCUGUAGCUCCCAUACCUGGCACAUCCAGUACAGCAAAACAGAACAAUUGGUUUGCCCUCUGUAGACUGUGGGGGUAUUAGGCCACUUUGGAAGGUGCUGCAUGACAGAGACCAUGGGUUUGGGGUGGGCGCUCACUAGCGAUUGCAUUUGAGUGAAUAUAUGUGGCCAGGUAAAUGUCCCAGGGCCCCUGACAUUUUUAGACCUGGAGCCUGGAACUUCUGAGGGCCCUGGGAUUGGGUCGGGGGUGGGUGGGGCCACCUGUUCCUCUGCCCCUUUAGCCCAGCGGCCGGCCAAGCCAGCAUCACUCAGGAGCAGUGGCCCCGGGACUUGUGGUCAGGGGAGGGGCUCAGCACACAGCUGCAACCUGGUGAGACCUGGAGGAGCUUCUGCCCACCAGCAGGCAUCCCCUGGGCCUUGCCCUUGGCCUUGGAUGGCCUGGGAGAGUUUCUGUUUAUUGGG